AUGGAUGGUUUCCGCAGUGAGGAGGUGGUGAGAUUUCUUCAUCUACAGCUAUACUCAUGUUUUCAGUUAUUACAACAAGCGUGUAAAAACUGUGGACAUACCCACUUUGCUGUGAAUAGAUAUACAGCAGCAGGAGAUGUUUCAUGUCUUCGAUGUGGAACAGUAUUGGAAGAAAAUCCAAUUGUCAGUGAAGUCCAAUUCGGUGAAUCUUCCUCAGGUGCAGCUAUGGUACAUGGUGCCAUGGUUGGAGCUGAUCAAGCUAGAGCAACAUUUGGUGGACGUCAAAAUGCCAUGGAAAGUAGAGAACAAACUUUAGCUAAUGGGAAACGAAAAAUAAGAAGAAUAGCUGCUGCUUUAAGUAUUCCUGAUUAUAUCGCUGAUGCUGCUGGUGAAUGGUUUAGAUUGGCUUUGACCUUGAAUUUUGUCCAAGGAAGAAGAUCUAAUAAUGUAUUGGCGACUUGUUUAUAUGUUGCUUGUAGAAAGGAAAAGACUCAUCAUAUGUUGAUUGAUUUUAGUUCAAGAUUACAAAUUUCAGUGUUCUCGUUGGGUGCAACUUUUUUGAAAAUGGUUAAAGCUUUACAUAUUACAUCGUUGCCUUUGGCUGAUCCGUCACUUUUUAUUCAACAUUUUGCUGAGAAAUUGGAUUUUAAAGAGAAGAAUACCAAAGUGGUAAAAGAUGCAGUGAAAUUAGCACAAAGAAUGUCAGAUGAUUGGAUUCAUGAAGGUAGAAGACCUGCAGGUAUUGCAGGAGCAUGUGUAUUGUUAGCUGCAAGAAUGAAUAAUUUUAGAAGAACUCAUGCCGAAAUUGUGGCUGUUGCUCAUGUUGGUGAAGAAACUUUACAAAGAAGAUUAAAUGAAUUUAGAAAAACAAAAGCCGGUGAAUUAACUGUGAAAUCAUUUAGAGAAGUUGAAAAACUUGAAAGUUCGAAUCCACCUUCUUUUACUAAGAAUAGACAAUUAGAAAGAAAAAUUAGUAGACAAUUAGAAUUAGAAGAAAAGUUUUCGAAAUUGACUGAUAAAGAUGACGAAUUGGCGAAGUUGCCUAAAGAAGAAAAAGAAAAGCAAAUGUUAUUAAAUACCAUUUUGACUGAUAUUACUUUAACUCAAGAUGAAAUAUCAAGUGAAAUUGAUAGGAUUCUUAAAAGAAAGAAGGAAAAAUUGAAAAAUGCCCUUUAUAGAACUCCAUAUGAACAAACUGACACACGUGAAAACGAUUUAGAUAAAAUUUGGAAUCUUAAUUGGCCCAAAAACUUAGUUAAGAACUUACCCAAAACUGAAGACAUUUUGAAAAGUGUAUCAUCCGAAGUUGAAUUGAAUUCUGACGAUGACGAUGAAAUAGUAUUAGAAAGUCAAUUAACAGCCGAAGAAAAAGAAAUGAAAGAAAGAAUAUGGACUGGUCUUAAUCAUGACUUUUUAGUAGAACAAGAACGAAAAAGAUUAAAACAAGAAGCAGAUGAAUUAACUGGUAAUACUUCAGCAUCUAAUCGUCGUAAAAGAACCAGAACUACUUCCUUACCACCAGAAUUACGUGAUGCAUUCCCAGGUGUUCAAAUCCAUGAUGACGGGACUGGAAUAUCAGCUGCUCAUAGUGCUACUUCACAUAUUCAAAAAACAGCUGUUUCGAAAAAGAUUAAUUAUGAAAAUCUUCAAGGAUUAUUUAACCCUGCAAACCUAAAUUAG